UACUACAAAACAAACUACAAAGCUAUUUCCCAAAACCAAAGCAAACCAGUUUGCUCUUACCUCCCGUCGUCCGUCGCCGGUGCCCUGUUCAUCCGCGGCCCCCAGAAGCAGCGCCGCCCUCACCAAUCACUUCCCGUUAUGAAAGUGGGUCUUAUUACUCAGUCGCCGAUUCCGGGUGUUCGAACUCCGAAGACGACCAAGCCCUUGAUUUCUUCCUCAUCAGGCAUUUGGUAAGGGGCCACGAACUUAGUGCUCUGCUGCAUACUGAGGAAGCUACUAUUUAUUGGUGGUUGAAUUUCAUGCUUGUUUAGAACAAAGCUCGUGUAUCAUAGACUGAUAGUAUUAAUUUACAGUUAGCGAAAGGAGAUACAAAUGGCUGGUUAUUUGGCUGGUAAUGUUGCCAAUCAUGGAACAUAUGAAAGUGGUUAUAAUAAACAUUCUCAAGACAUGCCAGAGGAUGGAGGUCGUUGGUACUUUUCCCGGAGAGAAAUUGAAGAAAACUCCCCAUCUAGGCACGAUGGAGUUGAUUUAAAAAAAGAGACUUAUCUACGUAAAUCAUACUGUACAUUUCUCCAAGAUUUAGGGAUGAGACUCAAAGUACCCCAAGUAACAAUUGCAACAGCCAUAAUUUUCUGCCAUCGAUUCUUCCUUCGCCAAUCCCAUGCAAAGAACGAUAGGAGGACCAUUGCAACAGUGUGUAUGUUCCUUGCUGGGAAGGUAGAAGAGACACCUCGCCUUCUAAAAGAAGUUAUACUUAUUUCGUAUGAAAUCAUUAAUAAAAAGGAUCCUGCAGCAGCACAGAGGAUUAAGCAAAAGGAAGUAUAUGAACAACAGAAAGAAUUAAUUUUACUUGGAGAGAGAGUUGUUCUUGCAACUUUAGGUUUUGAUUUCAAUGUUCUGCAUCCAUAUAAGCCCCUUGUUGAGGCGAUAAAGAAAUUCAAAGUAGCUCAAAAUGCCCUUGCUCAAGUUGCAUGGAAUUUUGUCAAUGAUGGACUUCGGACAUCUCUAUGCUUGCAAUUUAAACCACACCACAUUGCUGCUGGUGCCAUCUUUCUUGCUGCCAAGUUCCUCAAAGUAAAGCUCCCAUCAGAUGGUGAGAAAGUUUGGUGGCAGGAGUUCGAUGUCACCCCGCGCCAAUUGGAAGAAGUUAGCAAUCAAAUGUUGGAACUGUAUGAACAAAAUCGUGCGGCACCUUCCAGUGAUGUUGAAGGAAGUUCUGCAAGUGGUGUUACUCAUGGGACCCCUGUCAAAGCUACAACUAGCAAUGAAGAGUAUUUAACUAACAACGAUCAUUCUCAGGCUGGAAGUACAAGACCUGGAGCCUCUAAGCCUGUGUUAUCUAGGCCAGCAUCCGAGUUGUCUCACGCUGACAAUCAUGGCAGACACCUUAGAACGGCUGAGAGUCGAAGCAACGACUAUAGAAACACUGAAAUGAAUAAUGGGUUGGAUCACAAAGUGGAUGGUGAAUUUAGAGAGAAUCAUUAUUCUGAACCUAGGCAUUUGCCACACCGCGAGACUGGUGAAGAAAACCAACAGAAUGAUGUUGCGAGAAGUGAAACAGGAGAAGCUAGAGAAUUGAAGAGCAAACACCAAGGUCGAAAUCCAGAAAAUAGACAUGGCCGGCGGUCACCACAAGAAGUUAUAAAGAUUGACAAGGACAAGGUGAAGGCAGCGCUGGAGAAACGUAGGAAUUUGGGUGGUGAUGCAACUCGGAAAACAGAUGUGAUGGAUGACGAUGAUCUCAUUGAGAGGGAAUUGGAAGAUGGCAUUGAGUUUGCUGCUGGAAAUGAGAAAAAUAAGCAAGACCAUAGUAGACGAAAUUGGUCUAAGCCCUCGCACAGACUAGAACACGAGGACUCGCAUCAAGGGAGAGAUGAGCAAUAUCAUCAGAAAAAGGGACAGACAGCAGCAGCAGAUUUGGACAAUGUGGAAGAAGGCGAGCUAUGAUCAUUUUAUUACUGGACGAAUAUCACCAAAUGUAAUGGAGCAAGCAGCGGCAUAUGAUUCGGCGCAGGGGUUAACCAUCACGGGGUUUGCUUAAAGUACUAAAAUGGGUAUUAUGUUUUUUUCUCCUUCAUUUGUUGAAACAUAUGAAUUUUGAGAGCAGACAGUAAUUCAACCAUUGUACAAUUCCAAUCACUUUACUUU